AGGAUUGAUAAUAAAUUUUUAGUUUCGUAUUUUUGAUACGUGAUUUUAACACAGCAGAAAAACAUACAGACUCUUUGCAUUGAUAUGCGUACAGUGAGUCGACCUACAACUUCAUGACCUGUCGAUACCGUUCGUGAAAGCAAGAUGUCGUGACAAAUGUUUUUUCCAAAGGAUCAGUCUGAUUCGUUACACAAUAAAAGGUAUUCGUGACGACCUUGAACUUACAUUGUUCAUUCUUUGCAGGAAAGGUUGCAAUCUGGCAAUGGAUUGCAAUUUGAUGUGGAUGAAAUUGCAGAAUAUAUUUAGAAAUCCAAACUUUUCUGGUCAUUUCAUUCCAAAGAAUUACAAUAUCUGACCGUAAGAGAUCAGUGUGGCUAUGGAACUAAGCUUUUCUGCAUUAGUGUUUACGGUUGUGCUGGCUUGGAUAAUAAUAAAGACUUUUUUAUUUGCCAAAAACUUCGUUACAAAAUGGAAAAUUUACGCAAAAAUUCCACCUGUUGGACACAUCCAGCUCUUGAAUUUCUACCCUGAUAAUGUAUACACAAGCACAGUAAAGAUAAUCAAAGACUACAUAGUACCCCACAAAAGUAAUGUAGGAUGUAUAUGGUGGGGACCAAUGCCUGUUGUGUUGAUCACGGGACCAGAAGCAGCAGAAGAGAUUUUGAAAAGUUCUGAACACUUGGACAAAUCGUAUUUCUACAAAUUUUUCCAUGACUGGCUUGGAACGGGAUUAUUAACAGCAACAGGCGAAAAAUGGAAAUCUAGAAGGAAAUUACUUACACCUGCGUUCCACUUCAAUAUUUUGAAAGACUUUUUGCCAAGUAUGAAUGAUAAGUGCGAGAUAUUCACGGAAAGAUUACAAAAACUUGCAAAUUCGGACACAUAUUUUGAACUAUUGGAACAUGUAGGUCUAUGUGCUUUGGACAUCAUAUGUGAAACAGCAAUGGGAGAAAAUGUAAAUGCUCAAGUUGACGAGGGAUCAGAUUACGUUACGUCAAUACACAGAAUCACUAGUUUGCUAAUGGAACGAUUCAAAUAUCCAUGGAUGUGGCCCGAUGUAACUUACAAUUUAACAAAAAUGGGAAAAGAAUACAGGAAGGUGCUGAACGUUAUUCACACAUUCACGAAAUCAGUAAUCAGAGAUCGUAUGUCGAAAUUCGACAAGGAAGACGAUACUAGGAACCAUAGACGUCGUGCAUUCUUAGAUUUGCUAAUCAAAGUUUCAGAAGGAGGAAAACACCUUUCUAUAGAAGACAUUCGAGAGGAAGUUGAUACAUUCAUGUUCGGAGGUCAUGACACGUCGUCUGCAGGAAUGACAUGGACUCUUUAUCUUAUUGGUACUUAUCCCGAUGUUCAACGUCGAAUUCAAGAGGAAUUGGACAAUAUUUUUGUCGACGAUAUCAAUCGCGAAAUAACAUUCGAAGAUCUUCGGAAACUUCAAUAUCUAGAAAUGGUCAUCAAAGAAUCUCAUCGAUUCCUUGCACCUGUCCCAAUAGUCAGUAGAAAUUCAGCUCACGAUUGCAAGAUCGAUGGAUAUGACGUACCUAAAGGGACUUAUUGCAUGAUCUUCAUCCAAUUGAUCAACAACAAUCCGGAAUGUUGGGCCAAUCCAGAAAAAUUUGAUCCAGAAAGAUUUAAGACCGAGCAGUUUGAAGGUCGACAUCCCUAUUCUUAUAUUCCAUUUUCCGCCGGCCCAAGAAAUUGCAUUGGUCAAAAGUUUGCUUUAAUGGAAGAAAAAGUGGUACUUGCACACAUUUUAAGGAAGUUUGACAUUGAAUCUCGUGACAAAUUGGAAGAUAUACGAAGAACCGGGAAUUUAAUUCUGAGACCUAUGGAUGGCGUUUAUGUGAAACUGAAAAAUAGAAAAAAUAUUGAAUAAGUCUUUCGGUAUGGUAUAAUCCACCCACAAACGUUUACAGGACGUUUUUUUUUUGCUGAAGAAAAUUGCAAGCAACAGUUUCAAAUUCGUCCCAACAAAAAAAACACUACAUGAAUAACAAGUGAGCAAUGCGCAAAUAUAUGUACACGAAAGCCAUAAUGAAAUAUUUUUCCCACAAUUUCGCCAUCAAUCAAAUGCUGGACGAAGCUGAAACUAUGGACACACAGCUGAAGUACUUUACCUUUUACAGUCACUUGCCAUGCCGUACCUACCUGCAGUGCGUCAGAUCACCGGUAUACCGAAAAACUUCACGCUUGGUGGAUUAAAAAUCGUGUUUCCACGAAUAAAAAAAGAUUACAGCCAAAUUUUGGAUGAUAUAUCAGACAAUUUAGGAAUAAAUAGAAGUAAUCGGCUUCAAGCGACAACAACUUAAUCACUGAAAAUUGGUCCUGUGGUUCAAGAGAAAAGCGAUUAUUUCACAACAAGAAGAAGAAGAGAUGGAAUACCAACAAGAUGAUCAACAACAACAUCGGGUUUAAACGAUCCAUAUGUACAUUUCAUGUCCAAUAAACCACCUGACCGCAACAACUCAUUCUCUUAUACACCUUUUAGUGCAAUUAUGUAUUAAGAACUCACUUUUCUGACAUUAUAAAUAUUAUUAUUACAUAUACUGUCUUUCUAAGAGCCUAUAAACAUCGAAAAGCAUAAAAUCUAUGUUAUUUAUAGCUUGAAAAACGUUUUGAAAUUUUCUUUGCGAAUUAAUUUUAAACUUGUUGUUUGCUAAGCUGUUUUAAAAUUUGACCGGCUAUUGAAGGCAAUAAACAUCAAUUAGCAACCAA